GUGAUUACAGAGCCUUACAGUGAACCUUGAAAUCAGAUGGAGCAGCUAUCAGAUGAAGAAAUUGACCAUGGUGCUGAAGAAGACAGUGACAAGGAAGAUCAAGACCUGGACAAAAUGUUUGGAGCCUGGCUGGGGGAGCUGGACAAACUCACUCAGAGUUUGGAUUCUGAUAAGCCCAUGGAGCCAGUAAAAAGAUCUCCUCUUCGCCAGGAAACAAACAUGGCCAAUUUUUCUUAUCGCUUCUCUAUAUACAACUUGAAUGAAGCUCUGAACCAGGGAGAAACUGUGGAUUUGGAUGCCCUAAUGGCCGAUCUUUGCUCGAUAGAGCGGGAGCUUAGCAGUAUCGGUGCAGGAAAUAGUAAGCGUCAAAUCACAGAAACAAAAGCCACUCAGAAAUUACCUCCUAGCCGACAUACAUCAAAACAUGGCACCUUGAAAGGAUUAUCUUCCUCGUCGUCUAAUAGGAUAACUAAACCAUCACAUGCCAACUACUCCCUUGAUGACAUCACUGCACAAUUAGAGCAGGCCUCCUUGAGCAUGGAUGAGGCUGCUCAGCAAUCUGUACUAGAAGAUACUAAGCCCUUAGGAACUAAUCAGCACAGAAGAACGGCGUCAGCAGGCACAGUGAGUGAUGCUGAAGUACGCUCUAUUAGUAACUCCUCUCGUUCCAGCAUCACUUCUGCAGCCUCCAGCAUGGACUCUUUGGAUAUUGAUAAAGUAACGCGCCCUCAAGAACUGGACUUGACACAUCAGGCGCAGCCAAUUACCGAGCAUGCUAUUUCUCUGAGAUGUCCCAGCAAGCAGGUCAAGCAUCAUAUUGACUUCACAGAAGAACAGGCUGAGCUGACACCUCACUCCUAUCUGGACAGGGAAACCUCCCUUCUUCUGAGAAACAUUGCAGGAAAACCUUCUCAUUUGCUGACCAAGGAAGAACAAGCAGCAAAAUUGAAAGCUGAGAAGAUCAGAGUUGCCCUAGAGAAAAUUAAAGAGGCGCAAGUGAAAAAGCUGGUGAUUAGAGUCCACAUGUCUGACGAUAGUUCUAAAACAAUGAUGGUGGAUGAGAGGCAGACAGUGAGACAAGUGCUGGAUAACCUGAUGGACAAAUCCCACUGUGGCUAUAGUUUAGACUGGUCGCUGGUGGAAACCAUCUCUGAGUUGCAAAUGGAGAGAAUCUUUGAAGACCAUGAAAACUUGGUUGAAAAUCUCCUUAAUUGGACAAGAGAUAGUCAAAACAAGCUUAUAUUUAUGGAACGUAUAGAAAAAUACGCACUUUUCAAAAACCCACAGAAUUAUCUUCUGGGGAAAAAGGAAACAGCUGAGAUGGCAGAUAGAAACAAAGAAGUGCUAUUGGAGGAAUGUUUUUGUGGAAGUUCUGUAACUGUACCAGAAAUUGAAGGAGUCCUUUGGUUGAAAGAUGAUGGCAAGAAGUCCUGGAAAAAGCGUUAUUUUCUUUUGCGAGCAUCUGGUAUCUACUAUGUCCCUAAAGGAAAAGCAAAGGUCUCUCGGGAUUUGGUGUGCUUUCUCCAGCUGGAUCAUGUCAAUGUUUAUUAUGGACAGGACUAUCGGAACAAAUACAAAGCACCUACGGACUAUUGUCUGGUGCUAAAGCACCCACAGAUUCAGAAGAAAUCUCAGUACAUCAAAUACCUUUGCUGUGAUGAUGUGAGGACCCUGCACCAGUGGGUUAAUGGUAUUCGUAUUGCAAAGUAUGGAAAGCAGCUCUACAUGAACUAUCAAGAAGCCUUGAAGAGGACAGAGUCAGCUUAUGAUUGGACUUCCUUAUCCAGCUCCAGCAUUAAAUCAGGAUCCAGUUCUUCCAGCAUCCCAGAGUCUCAGUCAAAUCACUCUAAUCAGUCUGAUAGUGGAGUAUCUGACACCCAGCCUGCAGGCCACGUGCGCUCCCAAAGCAUCGUGAGCUCCAUCUUCUCCGAAGCCUGGAAACGAGGCACUCAGCUGGAAGAGUCCAGCAAGUUUAGAUGGGGCAACACCAUUGAGUGCCAGUGCCUUACUUUUGUUCCAGAGAAGCUGCUAAUGGUUGACUAUUUCUUCAUGUUACUGAUUAAACCUCCCCCGACCCCGCAGCGGAACUCCAGCAUCAAGGCCGGCGCCGGCGCCGAGCACCCUGAGCCGAAGAGGCCCUCGGUGGACAGUCUGGUCAGCAAGUUUGCUUCGCCAGCGGAACCCUCGGGGUCUCCCAGCAAAGAGACCCCACCACCUCCUGCAGCGCCCCCCAAACCUGGAAAACUAAAUCUUUCUGGAGUUAACCUUCCCGGAGUUCUCCAACAGGGGGGUGUGGCAGCAAAGUCCGCCGUCCUGAGCGGGCGGGCCAGGGACGCCUCCGCGGCGGAGUUUCCUUCCCCUCCGUCGGACUCGGACUUCCCGCCGCCGCCGCCUGAGCUCGAGCUCCCUCCGCCCCCUGCGGAGCUGCCAGCCGCGUUCUCGGGAAACACCUCUCCGAAAGUGGCGGUCGUGAACCCGCAGCCGCAGCCGUGGGCCAAAACGUCGGUCAGGAAGGCGCCUCCGCCCACACGACCCAAGCGGAACGACAGCACCCGCCUCACGCAGGCCGAGGUCUCCGAGCAGCCGGCCACGGCCACAGUCGUGCCCCAAGUGCCCACCUCGCCCAAGUCCAGCCUUAGUGUCCAGCCUGGGUUCCUGGCUGACCUCAACAGGACACUACAGCGGAAGUCCAUCACGCGGCACGGCUCGCUGUCGUCCUCCCGCGUGUCCAGAGCCGAACCCACAGCCACCAUGGAUGACAUGGCACUGCCCCCGCCACCGCCCGAACUGCUUUCCGAUCACCAGAAAGCUGGUUAUGGAGGCAGCCAUAUAUCCGGCUAUGCCACAUUGCGGCGAGGGCCGCCCCCCGCGCCCCCCAAGAGAGACCAAAACACCAAGCUCUCAAGAGACUGGUAGUUACCGCAGGACUCGGUUUUCACGGUGUCUGUAAUCAGUUCUACAAUCAGCUCACCUGAUCAUCUAUGAAUUCAGGUGUUCAGAGCCUCCCGGUAUGUUGUUAUUCAGGUAGUGUCCGGCUAUAUGUGUGUGUGUACGUGUGCGUGUACACGCAUAGCUAUACAUAAGGUAGUGUGUGAAUAUAUGUAUACAUGUGUGUGUUUAUGUAUAUAUCUAGCUGAGAGUGAUUCUAUUUAUUCCUUUUCUCCUAAUCUGAAAAUGGGUGUUGUGUAUUUUGGGUGGAAGAGGCAUGGAAAGGGGUGUGUGUCCUAUAUCCCUUAUGGUUUCUAUUAUCAGUCGUGUGGAUUGGACCAAAAAAACUUGCGCUGACUUAUUGGGAAGGUAUUUUACAAGUGUCCAUGUGCGGCCAUCUGUGUGUGUUGUGUAUUUUAUACUAAGUGGGACAUGUACAAGGUGCUGCACCGCAGCUUGGGAAGACGACCGAAAUGUUGGUGUAUCUGGGCUUUGGGUUUUUCCUCAGUUGGCUGAAGUUAGAACUGCUUGACACUUCCUUACUGGACAUAAAGGGGCACUUUAAAUCAGGAAAACCUCUCCGCUUCAUAGAACGGGUAAAGAGUUCAGUAUGGGGAGCCUUUCCCAGACGUGGCUGUGCACCGGAAGCAAGUCCCUGGCCUAGCUAACCAUUCCCGUCGCAGCACCUGACCUAGGACGUGCUGCCACAGGUGAGCUCUUUCCCGACAACACGUGGAUCAUUUAGUGUUAGAAUCCCGGGUAGUUCUUUGUGUAUGCUGGAAUCCUUUCCUUCAUGGGCUUUGUGAAGCUUUAUCAGGCUUGGCCUCGUGAUCCUUGCUUGGACUUAUUGUAAGAGAAUACCCAACACAGUACCCCGGAAUGCUGUCCCAGUAUGUCUUUGUGUCACCGGUUAUCUUCUUAUACUGUAUGCUUUAGAUAGAUGUUGAUAUUAGGUAUCUGUAGACAAUUGCUAUAUCAAAUAUACCCAUCCUGUGUCCAAUACGGCGCAUCAUUACGAAAAACAAAUCACCUUUCUGAAAUGUGUCUUUUGUGUGUAUUGCUCUCUAGAAGGAUGGGAUGAUUAGAAGAGAGAACAAAACUGGCCCCUGUACAGGUAUCAUUGAUCAGGUUGUAUAUGGAUUGUAACAAGUGAUACAAAGAAUUCCUUUGAGUACGGGACUAUCAUGGAGGGGAAAAGAAUCAGUGAGCUUGUGGUACUGGAGCACCCUAGGGCCCUUGCCUGUUGGAGCCUGGUUGUGGAGAUUUGUCCAGAUUACCAGGUGUUCUGAUGGAGUAGUGCAGCCCAAGUACAGGAAGUGACGUUGCAUAUUAUACAUGUGCAGUCUGGCAUAGCAUGAGUGCAUUGCUCUAAUGACAUACUAUAAUUAGGCUUCACACUACACUUCUUAAGCUUUUUUUUUCCUGUGAAUUUUCCUUGGUAUCUGAGAGAAAUGUGAUGAUAAAUUGACUGUUAGGAAUAAAAUGCAAUCUCAGAGUUGCUCUUAGAAUAACAACUAGCCACCUCAGCAAUGGUAAAUGAGCACAUCUCAUGACGAAAGUCUCUGCCUGUUGUGACUAAGGAUUAGCAGUGCAGACUAUGAAAAUCUCUGACACUGUCCCACAGGGACAAAGUCAGGCCAGUGUAGUGGGGCAGACAGUAACUCACUCAAGAAUAAGUGAAGGUUGUACUGUGUAUACAAGAUGCCCAUAUAACCCGCUCUCCAAGAAAGUACCACAUCAUACAGAGUAAGUGACACCUCUCUCCGUUGUUACAUCUCUGCGGCAUUGUUCAGUAUGUUUAUGUGGUUAUAGAGCAAUAAGAAUAUAUACCAUUGUGCAUUUUUUUAGAGCCCUGCUUCUUUAAAAGAUACCUUUUGGAUAUUUUCAAUUGCUCACAAAGUUUUGUGGGCUUGAUAUUGUUAUGCUUAUGAAGUGACCUUUAACAUCUGCAUUAACUUGAGUGUGCACAGCAGUUGGGUAACGUUUGUGUAGAUUGCCAAGCUCCACUGUGACUCAUAAGUGAAGUGAUUUCCUAGUCUCUGCUUGCAGUUUUAUAUUCUAAAAAUCACCCUUAUCUGUGGGUAAAGAGUUAAUGAGAAUGUGAAUCCAAUGAUAUAUUCAUCACUAGGGUUUUUGUGGUGGUGGUGGUCUCUAUACAUGAAGGUGGACAACUUUAGUACUGUUCCUUUAAUCUUCCCUCACCAAUGAUUUGAGCCCUAAGAUAUGUCCUUUUGUUUUUUUCAGUGUGGGCUUUCUUGGAACUUGUUUGUGUCAGUCCUAGUGACAGCCAUCCCUGGACUGAUGCUUUCAGUGUAUCUUUUUCCUGAAAGAGCAGACAUCCUUUAGAACAGUAGGGACAUGGAGAACAGAGCUGGGUCAGAGGAGGCACUGCCUGCCAAUUUUACCCUAAUCCAGUGGCUUGUCUGACAAUAGGUUGUUUCUUUUUACAUUUCUCCAAAGAUGGAAAAGGCUAUUAAUCAACUUUUUUCCUUUGUUAUAUGUAAAAGAACUGAAUCAAAAAAACCAAAUACUUUAUAUUCUAGUGGUUUUAUUCCCUAGUGGGCUUUUUUAAAAUUGGAUUUCUGUUGGGCUGUAGUUUUGUAGGGUUUUUUUGUUGUUUGUUUGAGACUCCUGUUAUUUUUGUAACUGUUUCUUUUCUCUGGAGUGUUAUGGUAAACACUACUGCCGGCUGACACUAGCACUGUGCCUUCUUUCACUGCCUUCUGCUCAGCAGCUCUAACCCAGCAGAGCUUCUUCAAGUCAGAGAAAAUCAGGACAGUUAACUUGGUUGUACUGAAAACCGAACAGCAUGCCUCCUGCUAUGGGGGCAGCGCAGACAGGGCCUGUUAGAGCUAGUGACCUGGUUAGGUAGCAGCACACUUAACUUUUACCACAGGUAAUUUCAAAAUGGGAUCACCCUAUGCUUCAAGUUUUGGCACCGACUCUGAAGGUCAGCAACAACUUACAUCAAGUUCAAUGGUACGAACAUAAAUGUUAGACUGUUUUCUACUGAAAUUUUAUCAGGUUGGCUUUUACUGCUCAAAUAAAUACAUUUUCUUUCCUUAGCUACUAUAAUUCUCACUUGGGAAAAAGUAACGUAUCUUAAGGUUUUUACAGAUACCCACUUAACUGUAAAUUGGAUUUUUAAAAUAUCUAAGAUUUUUUAAAAUAAGAAGGAUUGCUGGCUCUUAAAAGCUAUAGGAAAUGAUUUUUAUCAGAAAAUUUCAAAUUAAGUAUUAUAGACAUGGUGUUUUACAGGCAAAAAUCAAGGUGCUCCUGGCCACUGACGGCAUAUUCUAAGGACUGUGAACUAUCUUGGAAGUCCCCUCUUUAUGUUAGUGCACUUGCCACUGAAAACAAUGCUGAGUUUAUCAAGAAAGUUAAACAAAAUUGGGAAAUCAUGAAUAAUUCCAGUAGAUUGACAACUCAGAUCAAGGAUAAUAAGAGCUGAGCAUCCAAUUAGAGUUCAGAAGCUGCUAUUCUGGGAGAAUACAACUGGUAAUAAGUGUGGGUCAAGGAUGUAAAUUAGACUGAAAAAAAUUUCAAGUAAUGAUGUGGAUUGGUUUGAUUUGACUAUCAGGGCACCAACAGAACCUUUCUCACCUUUUUUUCCUCUGCUAAAAGCAAUUUUAUUUUACAAACACAAGGUGAUUUUAAAACAAGUAAAAAGUGUUUUCCUAAUUUUAUACAUUACCAAACUUUUUCAUAUACCUUCAGAACUAACAAAUUGUAACUAAUGUAAUCUCACAGAUUUUGUUCAAAUUUAGACCAACUGAACCUGUAUGACCCUGCAUGAUUACAGCUUUAAAUGAAACAGGUAUAAUAAUUUGGAUUUAUACACUUGAGAGGAUGCUAUCUCUAAAAAUGACUUUAGGUUACAAGUAUCUUUUGGCACUUUGAGUCUUAUAUACUUCAUAUCAUUUGUAUAAAGCAGGACAUCCCUUAUCCUGUAGGAAUAUGUAUGUGACCACUCACAAAGCUGAGAUUUGAUCCAUAGAGAGAGAUGCAAGUGGAAUAGAGUUAAAUAUCCCACUAUCUUUUAAGAUUUGUUUUCCUUUAAAAAUUCAGUAGAACACUGUUUCUACACCUUUACCACUCCAUCCCUCAAACUAAACAAGUGCUCUGUUGUGCCCUUAGGUCUAUAUGUAAAAGAAACCUGAAAUUUAGCUGUAAAAUAAACUUACUAAAUAAAAAUAAGCAAAACAGUAUACUUGAUUAACACUUGGAGGAAAUAAUCUGUUGGUUUGCUCUUUGUUUGUUGAAGUAAAAAACCAUUUAGAAGAGAAAACAUUAUCUGCUAUAAUCCCCAGUGCCUUGAACUCUUUGGAGGAAUAGCGUAAGAAAAAAAAUCUAACAAGCAAACUUUGCGGUGCUAAUGAAAGAGAAGGAAGGUGACUGAUUCUAGUUUACAUAAGAAAUAGAAAAAGUGACUAUCUUACAAGAGAUGGCUUCAUCUACCUUAAUGGGCGGGGACUGGCUGCUUUCUACCAAAGACAGAGAGAAGUGAGUCGAGUCAGGGGGAGGGUGAAUACUGCGUUAUGUCAGAUGGGAUGGCGAAGUUCAGAAGCGUGUUGAUCACGAUGGAUGGCUGUUAACACCAACCUCGUAAUGGUUGAAGCCUCUUCCUGUUCGUAGGCAGAACAUGCUCGCAGCACUUAAAGGGUUUGGAGAAGUCCUUGCAUUUUGGGAACUGUCCAUUGUUAAAUUUAUUGUAUUCUAAUACCAAAAACUGCCAUUUUCCAUGAUUCCUGCCCCUAUAUUUUUUCCUCUAUUUGUAAAUAAUCUCUCCUAGAAAAUAAGCAUUAACUGGAAUGUUUCAAAUGAUUUUGCUUAAUUUUAUUAUCAGCCAUUAGUGAACUCCUUUUAUAGAAAUGUACAUUUAAAAUAAAAUAUCCUUAGCUUGUUCUAAAUGUUGUAAAAACAUUGUUUACUGUUUUAAAGGAAAAUUGCACAUUAUAUUUAACUGGGAUUGCUCCCUCUCCCCAUUUCUUUAAAAAAUUGAGUCAAGGCUCACAGUGACAUCUAUGCCAUGGGAGCUUUGCUAUAAAUAAGUAAAUAGAUACAAUGUAGUAAUAUACUUUUUUAAAGCAUGAAAAAGAAGGCAAAAGGAACUGCAUUAUAAAGUACCUGAUAGAAGACAUUAUUCAAACGAUUAUGCACAGCUCGGUAAAGAUGAAGUUAAAAUUUUUCUUUCAGCUUUGUUGCUGUUUUCUUCUUAAAUGUAAGCUCUCAUUUCAUUAUGUGCCUUGCUCCCUGAUUGUGCAAACCUAUAUAUAGAUAGAUAUAUAAAUAUAUAUAUCUAUCUAUAUAUAUAUAUAUAGAUAUAGAUAGAUAGAUAUAUGAGAGAGAUAUAUUCAGUACUACUGACGAUGUUUUUGUUCUACUGCUGGAUUAAGUUAUUUCCCAAGUUACUCUUGCCAGUUACUGUCAGUGAACUGUUGUAAUGGCUUAGGACAGUAGUCACACAGUCAGUGUAAAUUUGUUUUUCAGUUACAUGUUUUCAUUAUGUCAGCUUACCCAAUCCUUAAUAAAAAGAAUACAUCGAUUUCAUUUAAA